AUGUCUAACCAGGUAGCGGCGGCCAUCUCGCAAGAGUUCCUCGAGAACUGCUUCACCGUCUCCGCUCAAGCACUUUGUUGCUACGACUUCUUCCUGACCUUCACACGUGAAGUGCAGUUCAUGUGGAAGCUCAAGCCCUCGAUGGCCUCUAUUCUCUUCUUCACCCUGCGCUACCCCGCGCUGUGUAACACCGUCUUGGUUGUCCUCGGCUAUUUGUCUUGGGGAGGCUGGCAAAGCCAGUUGAUGGCGGGUGACGUCUUGGUCUUGACGAGCUCAGCUAGUAAGCAUCUGUCCUUCCUCGCGCCUCCGACGCACGACUACAUCUUCACUGCUGUGCGCAUAUAUGCGCUCUCGGCGCGGAGUAGGUGGCGUCUCGGGUUCUCGCUCGUCUUGGGUCUUAUCAACCCGGUCAUGUCCACGUACACGUUUGUCCUCUCUGCGCCCUACCUCGCGCGCCUCACGCCGCAUUACCAGACGUGCGACAUCGACACGCAGUUCCUAGGAGACAUCUGUGAGGACAAACCGCAAUUCCCAGGGAUGAUGUGCGCGCGGGCGUCCGCAGUGAUAUUCGACGCCGUCGCUCUGCUCCUCACCUGGCUGAGCAUCAAGCGUGUCAUGAGGGCAGGCCGAAAUGCGGCUGACUCCGAGUCGGAUGAUCGCUCUGCGAUGGGGCUUGGCACUAUGACAGUCGUUCUCAUGAAAGACACUGCGGUGUAUUUUGGCUUCCUCUUCGCGAUCAACGCGCUGGGCAUCGCGAUUGGCUUGAGUCAUCCCAAGGCAAGUCCCUCCUGCAGCCUGGUUUCUUACACACGCGGAAGGGAUAAUACCACCUCGCUCAUCAGUUUCUCGAUGCCAAUGACCUCAAUCCUGCUUAGCCGGCUCAUGCUCGACCUCCGGCAGGCAAACUCGAAGGACAGUGACGGCGGGACGUACAUCUCAAGGGCGCUGACGACGAUGGUGUUCGAUGGUACUCAAUGUGAGCAGGAAGGACCCACAAGCCAGGAAGACUCGUUCGGGUCGGAGGAGAGUGACGGUGUGAAUGAGGUGUUCAGGACCCCUUGA